AUGUCUGUUCCAUGGCCUUUCGUGGCAUGGGGAAUAGAUGUGAUUGGACCAAUAGAACCAAAAGCAUCGAAUGGUCAUAGGUUCAUCCUAGUGGCCAUUGAUUACUUUACAAAGUGGGUGGAAGCAGUAACUUUUAAGUCAGUGACCAAAAAUGUCGUGGUGGAUUUCAUUCAUUUCAACAUCAUCUGUCGAUUUGGUACUCCAAAGGCAAUUGUUACCGAUAAUGCUGCAAAUCUCAACAGUCGUUUAAUGCAAGAGUUGUCUUUUGCUUUGUUGGGUUAUCGCACUACAGUUCGUACGUCAGUGGGUGCCACCCCUUAUUCGCUGGUAUAUGGGACUGAGGAAGUUAUACCUGCAGAGGUUGAGAUUCCAUCCCUGCGGAUUAUUGUAGAGGCUGAAAUUAAUGAUGAUGAGUGGAUCAGAACACGCUUGGAGCAAUUAAGUUUGAUUGAUAAGGAACGAUUGACAUCAGUAUGCCAUGGAAAAUUGUACCAGAAAAGAAUGGCACGAGCAUACAACAAAAAGGUGCGUCCCAGGCGUUUCGAAGAGGGUCAAUUAGUGUUGAGAUGUAUUCUGCCACACCAGGCUGAAGUCAAAGGCAAAUUUUCUCCAAAUUGGAAAGGACCAUUCAUUGUAAAGAAUGUAUUAUCCAAUGGUGCUCUUUACUUAGCAGAUAUAGAAGGCAAAAUGAUAGAAAUGGUCAUCAAUGUUGAUGCUGUGAAGAGAUAUUAUAUAUGA